GCUCAGUUCAGCAGCGGGUUGGGAGCUGCCCUGGGUGUUUCGUGGAGUCGCGUAGCCGUCCCAGGGGCGGCCAUGAGGCACCUGCCGUACUUCUGUCGCGGGGAGGUGGUGAAGGGCUUCGGCAGGGGCUCCAAGGAGCUGGGCAUCCCCACCGCUAACUUUUCUGAGCAAGUAGUCGAAAGCUUUCCAUCCGAUAUCCCUACUGGUAUAUACUAUGGAUGGGCCUGUGUUGGAAAUGGCGAUGUGCAUAAAAUGGUUUUGAGCAUAGGAUGGAAUCCUUUCUUUAAGAAUAUUAAGAAAUCAGUGGAAACGCACAUUAUCCACACCUUCAAAGAAGACUUCUAUGGAGAAAUUCUUAGUAUAGUCAUAACUGGAUAUAUUCGACCAGAAAAAAACUUUGAUUCCUUAGAGGCCCUCAUCUCAGCAAUUCAGGAAGACAUUGAAGAAGCGAAGAGACAGCUAGAUUUGCCAGAACACCUUAAACUCAAAGGAGAUAACUUCUUUCAUCUGCCAGAAGGCAAAAUGAACAACCACUGAGAAAAUCUAUACUGCUGGGGUUUUUCUGUUUUGUUUUUUUUGUUUGUUUUUUUUCCUCCUCCUCACCUGUCAUGGAGCUUUUACAUUUGCACUGCUUUCGUAGUUACUGUGUUGUCUUAUACCUAUUUAUGAAGCCAAAGUUGGAAACAGCAUUAUAACGUUGUAGUGUCACCAACAGGAUUAUGUCAGUUUCCUAGUAUUAAUUCAUUUAACUAGUCAUGCAAGAGGACUAGGAGGCUGGUUUAGGUUCUUACAGUUGAAUUGUGUAUUCUGAAGUUACCAGUUGCUCAGAGAUCUGAUCUGACUACAUGCAGAAGAUUACCAAAGGUAAUGGUUAUGUCUUCUGACCCUAAGGUAUAGAUAGUUCACUCGAGGAAGAAUGUUUUUUUUAACAUACAGAAUGUUAUUUCAGUGUCUUGUCCUAUUUUUGUUUUUCGUAAUCUGGGUUUCAGCUAUUUCCUUGGAAAAUUUUGCUGAUUGAGUCAGAAAUUUCCUCUGUUGCAGAAACCCAAUGACAAGAUAAUAAUGAUGAGUAAUUCUUUAGAGCAUAUUUUUUUUUGUGCUAUAUAUCCGUCAUGGUUGAAGCUGUCGUUUCAAUUGAAAUUAUUUAUUUUGACUAUAUGAAACAGGGAAAUCACUUUUGCUCAUUGACUUACUGUAAUCUGAGAUACACUUCUGCAUAGUUGACUGUACAUAUGACAAAACAUGUCCUGUGUAGCUUACUUUUGAGGAAGUGUUUCACUGAAAUUCAAGAGCUAAAUGACAGUGAGAAUGCUGGUAACUUAAUGGCUCAGGAAUAAAGAUGCAGAAACAGUAUAACAAGACUUCUGCUCUCUGGGACUUGAGAGAAAAGAGGUGAAGGAAGGCAGCCUUGCAUUUUGUCUGCUGCUGGCAUUUUAUCAUAGGAUAAGGUGGAGAACCUCAAGUUAUUUACUGUCAGUAAAAUGUCUGACUUGAAGCUUGAUGUUGGUCUAGGGCACAGAAGAAUCUGAUCAACUCUGCACAAAGUGCAGAUAAGAUCCAAGGUUUUGGCUGACCAAGUCGAUCAACGUGCAAAUGACAGCCUUUGGGGACUCAUGAAAUAAAUCAGCACUAUUGCAGGGAUUGGGUUUUGGAUGUGAUGUGGCUGGAAUAUUUUUCUGAAAUUCUUCAGGUAUGGUUCAACUGUAGUUCUGUGUCUGAAAUACUAUGUACAAUUUAGAAUACACAGUUUAUGUAGUGCAAUUUUAUUAAUUUACUCCUUGCCCAUAGUGUUUGAAUCCUGCAUUUCACCCUAGGGUUUAAGAGAGCUUUAACAAAGUAGAUAUCUGGGUCUUUGUGGCAGUUGCUGCUAGGUUAGUUCCACUUCCUCUUGUUUCAACUUUCAGCCAAUACAAGGGGAUAUUAUUAGGGCAGAGUUCUUGAGCAAAUUAAGGACUUGGCUUUACUCUGUAGGACUUGAUUUCAUUUAAAUGAAUUGUUUUAAAUUAAUUUAUGUUUAAAUGUUUUAAAAUAAAUUGUCCACCAGUGCUGUGCCAUAGCCUUGUGCUUUAAGAGCACCUGGUCUGCCAGCUGGUUUAAAUUUGCAGCUGGGUCACUGUUACUACAUUGUGUAUAGAUAAUGACAGAAGUCUGUGUUGAAUUUUACAAAGAAAUCUCCCCACCAGAUGACGUGAUUUCCUAGAUGCUGGUCCCAGUUACAGACAUAGACAAAAGUUAAAGCACAACACUACUAUUAAAGAGAGAGAAAGGAGAUAGAUGAGAACACAACAAGCAUAAACCAAGGGGACCAGGCUUCAUAUUUGCAAUCGUUAUAGCAAGUGAGGAGGGGUCUGGGGACAGGCAGUGUUGUAGAAACUUCUGCACUAGUUCCCCCACGGAAUCUGAUGAUUUAGAGUCUUUCUCUCAGAUACUUACAGAAGAAAUCUGAUAAUCUUCAAUGGGGGCUUUCCAAGUAUAGCAUUCAGUGCAUGUUCAAACUUCAGUGGCCUUUGUGGUCAGCUAAAGCAGUCUACAGGGUGCAGUGGCUCUGCAAGCAGCAGAGCGCUUGGACUAGACCAUGCCGAAAGGUCACAGUCACAGGCAGGCUUUGGCAGCAGCAGUAGAAGUGUCUAAAGCCUCACAGGCUCAAGCCCAGUGUUGCCCUGAUAGAUAAAAUAAGAUAAUGCCCAUAGAUAAAAUAAAAUAAUGCCCAGAUAGAUAAAAUAAGGAAUUGGUGGGGGAUCACAGAAAGUUAGGAGUUGGAAGGGACCUCAAAAGAUCGAGUCCUACCCCCCUGCCAGAGCAGGGUCACCUGCAGGAGGUCAUGUAGGAACAUAUGCAGAUGGGUUUUGAAUGUCUCCAGAGAAGGAGACUCCACAACAACCUCCCUGGGCAGCCUGUUUCAGUGCCCUGUCACCCUCACAGUAAAAAAAAAAACAAAAAUUCCUCGUUUAUAUGGAACCUCCUGUGCUCCAGCUUAUAUCCAUUGCCUCUUGUCCUGUCGUUGGGCAUAACUGAUGAGCAUAACUGGCACCAUCCUCCUGGUUCCCUCCCUUUAUGUAUUUAUCAAUACUAAUGAGAUCACCCCUCAUGCUCCUCUUCUCCAAGCUGGAGACCCAGCUCCCUCAGCCUUUAAAGUGGUCAACAUAUACUUAGCAGCAUUUAGAUAUACUAUCUUUUAAAGGAGAAAAUAAAAAUUCAGUAGACUUCUACUAUAUAACAUAAUGAAAACUGUAUUUCUAAAAAGUUUUUAAGAGAACUGUCUUGCAAGGAUGACAGUUGGAUUUAUAUUUAAAAUGGAUGGAUAAGGGAGUUGGCUUUUUCCAAAGGUUUGAGACAUUCUUGAGAUUGCAAUAGUGUCCAAAUCUUGUGUUUUCAUUUUUUUAAAAAAGAAUUGUCAGGAAUGUAUUUAAAGCAUAGGUUAUUUUUUGUUGUGAUACAGUAGCUACUCAUAACUGUCUUUAAAAUUAUUUUUUGCCUGUAAUUUAAUGUGUCUGUUGUAAAAACCAUUGUGCCUUAAGCAGGAUAUCUGAACAAUAUUAUUCUGUAUCUGCUGAUAAAUGCUACUGUAAAAAAUUCAAUUCACUGUUUGAUUAUAAAACCACUGUGCUAUCAAUAGAAGGGUGGCAAAGAGAAAACUUGAAAAACUUUUAAUCUUAGCUGAGGUAUGAUGUAUGGAUACACUGAACUAAUAAACUGCUCUUCAUGUGUUUUGUCUUAACAAGCAUUAGAAAAAUAUAUUACAUUCGUUUGGCUGAGUGUACCUGUCCACAUUUAAAAUAAAAUGUUAUAAAUCAACUAUUUAAUUUCAAUGCGCUAUUCCUAGCACAGUAUGAACUUUAUGGAGGGUUAUAUUUUUGUAUUGCAUACAAAUAACUUAAUUUCUGUUGAUGUCGCUGCACUGUACCAUUAAUAAAGGAAUUAUAAUUGACAAAGUUAA